AGCGGUUGCCUUGGCUCCCCGUAGCUAUAGCAGUAGUGACACAGAGGCCCGAAGGGCGAGGGGGGCGGGGAAGCAGCCGAGGAGGCGAGGCGAGGCGAUGCUCUUCGCGAGAGACGCUCCUGAGGGGGAACGGGCAGGGUUGGCCGGCGCUAGGCAUUCCAUUUGCAAGAGAAGGAACAUUAGAAGAAACUGCUCAAGUUCUACGCAGGACGUUAAAAGAACUUCAGGAAGACCUUUUUCUGCUCGGAUUAAAGAACAUUAUUCUUGAAUCUCUCCUUUGCUCAGCUUCUAAAGAGCCACUUUGCCUGAAUCAGUAUUCCAGCAAGAAACUACUGACAAGAAGCAGUGAGGGGGUUGGCUUUUCUUUACUGGAUCUUUUCUCUGUUGGAUUUGUCUCAUCAGUCUGAGAAGAUUUCAAAAGAAAGGGAAGUUGUUUUCGUUUUUGCUUGUUUUGUAUCCAUUCUGAACACUUGCAAUUUUAUUAUUUGCAAAGUGUUACCUGAAUUGUUAUUAUUUUUAUACUAAAGGGUGGCACAUAAUCACAACGCUCCUUGAAAGACUAUGACUUCUUUAAGUUUGCCUUCCAUCUUUUCAGCUGUUAUGACAGGUGUUUCUCUGCAUGGACUGUAGUUUUAUAUAGCAAAAUUAGCAGCAUUUGAAGAAAAUUAUGGUUUACUAUACCUUGAUGCAAUACAAAUGAGAAAUCUGGAGACAGAAUUUUGUUUUGGUGUUAUGCAAGCUACUUCUGAUUUUGAAUCAAGGAAAGGACUUUGCGUACAUAACAUGCAGGUAUAAAACCUUCCAUAUGAUAAAGACUGAAGUGUGAAAGAUGUCUUGGAAGAGGAAUUAUUUUUCAGUGGGACGGGGCACUGUACAAGGGAUGUUCACUCCACGUAAUACAACAUCUAUAGCACCUAGUAAAGGUCUCAGCAAUGAGCCUGGACAGAACAGCUGUUUCUUGAAUAGUGCAUUGCAGGUUCUCUGGCAUCUGGAUAUAUUUCGACGUAGUUUUCGACAACUUACAACACACAAGUGUAUGGGAGAUUCCUGUAUAUUUUGUGCUCUCAAAGGUAUCUUUAACCAGUUUCAGUGCAGCAGUGAGAAAGUGUUGCCAUCUGAUGCACUUCGUAGUGCUCUUGCAAAGACUUUUCAAGAUGAACAGCGUUUCCAGUUGGGCAUCAUGGAUGAUGCUGCCGAAUGCUUUGAAAACCUCUUAAUGCGGAUUCACUUUCACAUUGCAGAUGAGUCUAAAGAAGACAUCUGUACUGCCCCACACUGCAUUUCACAUCAAAAGUUUGCAAUGACCCUAUUUGAGCAGUGUGUUUGUACCAGUUGUGGUGCCACCUCUGACCCAUUGCCCUUUAUCCAGAUGGUACAUUAUAUCUCGACCACUUCACUCUGCAAUCAGGCAAUUUGCAUGCUGGAAAGACGGGAGAAACCCACUCCAGAUAUGUUUGGAGAGCUGCUACAAAAUGCCAGCACCAUGGGGGACUUGAGAAACUGUCCGAGCAACUGUGGGGAAAAGAUUCGCAUUCGUCGUGUACUGAUGAACUCUCCCCAGAUCAUCACUAUUGGGCUGGUGUGGGACUCGGAUCACUCUGAUCUGGCUGAGGAUGUAAUUCACAGCCUCGGCACCUGUCUUAAACUGGGAGAUCUUUUCUUCAGAGUAACUGAUGACAGAGCAAAACAAUGUGAACUGUAUUUGGUUGGAAUGAUCUGUUACUAUGGAAAACAUUACUCUACCUUCUUCUUCCAAACAAAGAUCCGCAAGUGGAUGUACUUUGAUGAUGCUCAUGUCAAAGAGAUAGGUCCAAAAUGGAAAGAUGUUGUGACCAAGUGCAUUAAGGGUCAUUAUCAACCCUUGCUACUACUAUAUGCAGACCCGAGAGGAACUCCAGUGUCAACGCAGGACCUUCCCACACAGGUGGACCUACAACAGUAUAGCAGGACCUACUAUGAUAGUGAAGACUCAGGGCGUGAGCCUUCUAUCGCAAGUGACACUAGGACAGACUCUUCUACAGACAGCUAUCCCUAUAAACAUUCCCACCACGAAUCUGUGGUCAGUCACUUCUCUUCUGAUUCUCAGGGAACUGUCAUUUACAACAUGGAAAACGAUGUAGCUUCACAAAGCAGCAGGGACACAGGACACCUGACUGACAGUGAAUGUAAUCAGAGGCAUAUUUCCAAAAAGGGCUCGCUGACAGACCGCAAGAGGAGUUCCAGCAGGUCUCGGAAAAAGGGAGAUGAAUCACAGCCGUCAGGAUAUCACAGUGAAGGGGAAACAUUGAAGGAGAAACAAGCCCCCAGAACUGCCCCUAAGACAUCCAGCAGUACCAGCAGGCUAAGGGAAUUUAAAGAGACUGUCAGCAACAUGAUCCACAACAGACCAUCACAGACAAGCCAGGGCUCUCCACGAACAGGGAAGGAUCAGGCUGAGAUACAGUCACUGCCCAGAGCUCUGCCUGCUCUGUCUCGAGACUGGGAAAUGGAGAGCACAAGCAGCGAAUCCAAAUCAAGUUCUUCUAGCAAGUACCGUCCAACUUGGAGACCCAAAAGGGAGUCACUGAACAUAGACAGCAUCUUCAAUAAAGAAAAGAGGAGACAAUGUGGUUACACACAACUCAGCCCCUUCUCUGAGGAUUCAGCUAAAGAAUUUAUGGAAGAGGAGCCAAAGGAGCCAAUCUCCCAAACAAGAUCAAACCAACCCAACAAGUAUAAGCAAUGGACUCUAGGUCGGGGUGCGCACUAUAUGAUGGAUCAACAACCUCGUCUGAUCCAAAGGAUGGAAUCUGGCUAUGAAAGCAGCGAACGCAACAGCAACAGCCCAGUCAGCCUGGACAUGCCUUUAUCAGAGAGCUCUAGCACCUCCAGAGAUUCUCAUAUGAAGCGACCUGGAGCUUUUGUUCCUGCCUGGCGUAACAUUCCCAAAUCACAUAGCAGCAGUAUCUUGGAGGUGGAAUCUGCACCAACUGCUAGUAGCUGGUCAAAGAACAAGCACGCCAUCGGUAAUGGCGGGGAGGUGCUUGUCUCUUCUAAGAGUGAACUGGAUGAAUUACAGGAAGAGGUGGCAAGGAGGGCUCAGGAGCAGGAACUUCGAAGGAAGCGGGAAAAGGAACUGGAGGCUGCAAUGGGCUUUAAUCCCCGCCCAAGCAGGUUCAUGGACCUGGAUGAACUGCAAAACCAGGGGAGGACUGAUGGCUUUGAGAGGUCUGUGCAGGAGGCAGAUUCAGUCUUUGAAGAGUCACUGCAUCAAGAGCAGAAGGGAGACUGUGCUGCAGCUUUGGCUCUCUGUAAUGAAGCUAUAUCUAAACUAAGACUUGCCAUGCAUGAUGCCAGCUCUAGCACUCACAGCAGAGCUCUAGUCGAUAAGAAGCUGCAAAUCUGUAUCCGAAAAGCACGGAGCCUCCAGGAUCGCAUGCAGCAACAGCAGCCAGCACAGCCGCCGCCCACCCGCCACCCGCCACUGGGGGGCAACAUGACCCAAUCUUCAAGUGAACAGACUGGCCCGCUCCAAGUACUGCUGAGCCAGAAGAUUGUACUGGAACCCAGCAGAGAAGCAGAACUUGGGUCCAGUUCUUACUUCCAUCCACCUGCUUCCCAUCAUGAAAUGCAGUCAUCCUAUCCCAAGUCCUUUCUCCCACCUCCUCCUGAAAGCAACCCCUCUUGCAAGCCUUCUCUGAACUUUCAAACUGCUUCUGCUGGUUUCAGUGAUCGAGCUCCCUCUUUUCCAAGUAGACAUGGGGUGGGUGACAGAUCCACUGGAACGGAGAAUGAAGUCUGCCAUGAUCCAGUGCUAGAGGGAGUCUCUCCCGCUAGUCUAAAAGACAAUAAGGAUUGCAGCAGUAGCAGUAAGCUCGAAGAAGUGCAUAACAUAGUGGCUUCUCUCACACCAUAUUGCAAAUUGAAAAGUAACAUGGUAAACUCUGGAUCUUUGCCUACGCUCGUCCCCUCUUCACAUCCAGCGCAAGCACCAUCUGAUAAAAACAGCAUUCAUAAUCCAUGCUUCAAACCAUCAAGUUUUUCAGAGAGGCCUCUUGUUGAGCAGCAGUGGGCCAAUCACGUCAUAACCCUGACUUCUCUUUCCCCUUUGCCCCACUGUCCUCCAGAUCCAUUGCAGACUGCAAAUAGGUACCCAAGAGCAAACAGCCAUGAGAGUUUACAUCACUCACAGGAAGAAUUUGUCAGUGGGGGUUCUCUGAAACCUGAGAUGAUCAGUGCUAAGGGGCAUGUUCGCUCCCUUGCAGAGCAAUUUCAGCGGUUGCAGGGUGUCCCCCAGAAGGAGGGCACUCAUGAGAAAGAAAGGGAAGGGUCUGUCUGUCAUGAUCAGUAUGCUCCAAUGUUACAACAGGAGCCCUUCAGCAACCCUCAAUUCCUAGGGCAUAGGCAGCCAGUAGUUGGAAGGCAAGAGAAUGGAAUAUGGCUUGCUGAAAAGUUGAACUCGUGCCUGAGUUCUAGAGACAAGUUCAGUUCCGGAAAUUAUUUUAGUGCUCACAGUAAAAUGUCCGAGAGUUCUGGGUCACACAAUGAAGAACUGUGUAACAAAGGGGAACAAUGUUCCGUAGAUCCUGACUUAUCCCCAGGGAAGUUCAACCACGAGGGAGAAGUGAGAGAGAUGAAUGACGGCAAUCUUGCUGGCUUGGUUACAUCUAUGCCUGUGGACUGUUGGGUAGACAAUGUUAAAAGGUAUUACAGUUCUCAGCUGGAUUGCAAGAGUGCUACCUGUCUUCCGGUGCCUAGGAACAAGUCGCCUGUGUCUCAUCAAGUAGCCUUUGGGGAGGACCCAAUACAGAAGCACCCACAGUGGAAUGAAGACACAGAACAGGAGAUGUCUGAGCUGGAGUCACUGUAUCAGGCUAGCUUACAGGCAUCUCAGACAAGCCAGUCUGUAUCGGGAAGGCUGGACAAUCCCUGGCAUCCAUUGGGCAAGACAGCAUCUGCAAACUUUCCUACCAGAAAGAUGCGCGGUGUAGCUUGCACGGGUCUUUCAAAAACACCAACAGCAGAGAUUGAACGUAACCUCUAUGGAAGCAUUGCAUCUCCAGUCUCCAAGGUACCAUACCCAAGAAACCACAGCAGAGAGCCAGAAGAGGAAAUGUACAGUGCAGAGAACUUCCGUCGCAUUGCACGUAGUCUCAGUGGGACCGUCCUCACAAACAAGGAGGAGACACUUGUUUCUUCCCACAGUUUUGAAGUGUCCAAUGAGAGGAAAAUGCCAGUGGAAGCCAGACACCGUUCCUCCAGCACCACUUCCCUCACUUUCCCUCACGAUUCUCCUCCUGUGUUACCCUUUGAUCCCCAGCACUAUUCAACCCAACUGCAGCACCUCUCCCAUGAUGCACCAGUGCCUAGCAUGGUGGGCAAGACACAUAGGCCAUCAGGAAAUCAGAAGAACAUCCAAAAAAUUUUGGUUGUGCCUGACAGGGGUGAAACUUUCCAAGGUGAAGACAACCCAGCUGUGGCACUGAACUAUGGGAGCCUCACGUACAAACAGCAGGGCCUGCCUUCUCAACUUGGGCAGAGACCUCUUCUUCAUCAACAUUUAGGAAGCAAAGAAGCAUCUGGCCCCGCUGGCCACUGGCUGCAGAUGAGUCACACUGCCAGACAAACAGCAACACUGCCAGAUAGACAAACAGUACACUGGGGAUACGCUGUUCCAACAAGCAAGGGAUCACAAAAACAUUUACUCCAGCAGCCACUGCAGCAAGGAAAACGGGAUGCUUGUGCCGCUGACUGUAGGUCGCCGCUUGGCACGAGUUACAGUACCUUAAGCAUACCUCAGCGGGCUUCAAGAGACACAGGUGGCUUUCAAGGUUGUCCAGUGCCACCCACACAGGCCAAGGCUCCAGGUCCCAGAAGGGUAGAUAUGCCCCCAGAUGAAGACUGGCGGCAGAAUAGCUAUACCUCUCAGCCUGGAGCAAGGAGAGUGUUGCCAGUGCACAUGAUAGAUGGAACUUAUUCAUCUGCUUCUGAAGCUCACCGUAGGAUGCUGGCCCGUGCAGCUGCCGCUUCCAUGCACAACAGCAACUGGUGAGGUCUCUUUAACUUCAGAAGGGAUUGCCCCCUUAUGAAACAGGUUGUCCGAGCUAUAGUUGAUAAGACAGCAAGAUUUUUUUUCAGUCCGUGUCUGUGCCAGUCUUGUCUUUAAAAGUAGCUAAUUGCACUGUGUUUCUGUACUGCCGAACCGCUGUCCAUGGGGAACUAUUUGGAGACUCCAUUCUCAGCCUCUCUCCGCAGAAAAUGGUUUCAGGCCCACUAGCAAUUGGAAGAAGAGCAAGAGCUGCAAAUGGAAUCGGUUGUUGACAACAGGCUGUGUUUAAAAGGACUUAAGUCAUGAAAAGCAUCGCUACUAAUCCCAUAUGCCAACCCAUUAUUCAGUUUUGAGUUCUUCUUCUCCGUUAGGUGGGGCCUGAUAAACUUCCCAUGUUCUCUGAAGUUAGAGAUUUGGCAGUGCUUAUGGGUUAAUGAGGCAAAUGUAUCCUUCUUUGUGUUGAGAUGUUAGGCACAGAUGACUGCCGUAGGUGCUAGUGCGGAGCUGGAAAGAAGGCAUAGCUCAUGUGUAAAUCAGGCCUUCUCCCACUUCCUCAAAGCAGACUAACAGUGCUUCAGAAAGCAAAGACUGUUAAGGCUGCACACUUAAUUAUAACAUUGUAAACACAGAAUCACUUUAACUAUUUUAGGGUCAAACAUACUUGCCUUUGUAAGUAUUUUUCAAAUAAAUUUAUGAAAUAGUUAUAUUUA